GGAUUUAACUGUCUUUGGGCCGCCGGAGUCUGGGAGUCCGCUGACCGAGCGCUGUGGUCUAGUAUAAGGGCGAGGCCCAGAAGAAGGGGCGGGACGUGGGAGAAGCCUCCCCGCUCGCCCCACCAUGUGGCAACCGCUGGUCUUGCUGCUGCUGCUCCCCUCUGCCCUGGUGUCCCUCUCCUCUGCAGCCCCUAACCGCAAUGCUGACGCCCAGGAGAGCUCCUUGAGUCUUCUAGGCCUCCAGAACCUACUCCAAGCCUUCAGCCGACUUUUCCUGAAAGAUGACCUGUUUCGGGGCAUGGACAGUUUCUUCUCCGCCCCCAUGGACUUCCAGGGCCUCCCUAGGAACUACCACCAAGAGGAGAAGCAGGAGCGCCGGCUGGGUAACAACACCCUCUCCAGCCGCCUCCAGAUUGACAAGGUGACUGACAACAAGACAGGAGAAGUGCUGAUCUCCGAGAAGGUGGUGGCAUCCAUCCAGCCAGCAGAGGGAAGCUUGGAGGGUGACUGGAAGGUACCUAGGAUGGAGGAGAAGGAGGCCCUAUUGCCCAUCCGGAAGGCCAUGGACAGCUUUCACCCAGAGCCCCAUCCCCGGGUGGCCUUCUGGAUCAUGAAGCUGCCACGGCGGAAAUCCCACCAGGAUGCCCCAGAGGGCAGCCACUGGCUCAGUGAGAAGCGACACCGCCUGCAGGCCAUCCGGGAUGGGCUCCGCGAGGGCACCCGUGAGGACGUCCUCGAAGAGGGGACCCAGGGCUCCUCCCAUGCCAGGCUGCCCGCCCGCAAGACCUACUUCCUGUACAUCUUCAGACCCUCCCAGCAGCUAUAGGGGUAGGGACCAGGGAGAACCUGCAUGUACCCCUCGCCAGACCCCAUUCCAAGUACUAUAUGGAAAUAAAUUUUUUUCAUACAU